UGGGAGAUGGAGGGGUGCCCUCUCAUUCAGACCGCGAAGCGUGCCCGCGACGGACGCGCGCCAUGUCACUCUGAAACUGUGCCCGUGUACCGACACCAUGUCCAAAUACCAUCGACUCCUGGCCGCGUUCCUCACCCUCAACCUGGUGAUGGUAUCCUCACUUCCGAGUCCAACGACUGAGGAGGACGAGGACGAGGACGACACCACGCCGAGUCGCGCGGACGCAGAUGACGACGGACGAGUUUACAAGAACCCGCGCAACUCGCCGUCCGCGCAGUGUCCGCGUGACGAGGAGCAGGCCACGUUGCUGGGUCAAAAAUGCCUCCGCAAGUGUUCUUCGGACGAGGACUGCAAGAGUAAAAAGAAGAAAUGCCUGUGUGACGGCGCGUGCGGCAUGUCUUGUAUCAAACCGGACCGGGAAUGCCCUGAACUGGAGCAGCCGACAGACAUCGGUACAGUGACGCUCACGGGACGACUUUUUGGAGACAAAGCAAUGUAUUCCUGUCCUCAUGGCUACCACGUGGUCGGGCUGCAUAGCCGGAGCUGCCAGGCUGACGGCAAGUGGGCGGGGCAGGCGCCAUCUUGUAAAGAAAAUAUAUACUGUCUCCAGCCUCCGACAAUCGAGCACGCCCGUCACUCCGCUCUCCCUGAGCAAGCAACCUUCGACCUGGACGCCACAGUCCAAUACAACUGCCACACGGGCUACGCUACCAACGGAUUCCCUCGGGCAAAAUGCCUGGCCAUAGAAGGGCAAGCGUCGUGGUAUGGACCGGAUAUUACUUGUGAACCGCGUUCCUGCGGCGAGCCAGGAGACGUUCCUCACGGCUGGGUGACCGCUGACUGCCACACUUUUGGAUGUCGAGCUGUGGUGCAGUGCGGUCAGGGCUUCGAGCUGGUCGGCAAAGCGGAACGUUACUGCCAAGCAGACGGUUUUUGGGCACCCAAGGAACUGCCGACCUGUGUCCUGGUGACGCAGGUGCAGUGUCCUCCGCCAGAAGCGCCGAGACACGGCAAGGCGGUGUACACGUCUUGUGCCUACAACUCAGUGGUCUCCUACGAGUGCAAGUACGGUUACCGCCUCGUGGGAGACGCGACGAGACGGUGUGGCGCUGAUAAGAAGUGGUCUGGAACUCAGCCGAUGUGUAAGGAAAUCAACUGCGGACAUCCAGGGCAGCUCUGGAAUGGUUGGCUGGAGAACAUAUCCUCCGGCACAGGAUUGGGUGCGUCGAUAAUAUUCCGCUGUCAAGACGGUAUGAAGAUGGAAGGCAACGGAUCGGCGAUAUGCCAAAGCGAUGGUACUUGGAGUCAUCCGCUACCACAAUGCUUGGCUCCAUGUGUAGUUCCACAUGUAUCUCAAGGAAAAGUAGUUCUAAUGGAAAAUAGAACUGGAGAAAACGAUACACAAGAACAUACACAAAUUGUUGGAAGCUCGUCAAUGGUGCAGCAUGGCGAAAUGAUUAUGGUCGAUUGUGAAAAGAAUUACGAAUUUCCGUCCAAUAUACUCACUGUUAGUUGUAAUAAUGGAACUUGGACGCAAAUUCCAAGAUGUCAGCCAGCCAGAUGCAAGAAGAUGCCAAGAAAUCCUCGCUUUGGUAUGGUCAUAGCACCAAAAACUGAGCAUGGAAUGAAAGCGCGAUUCCGAUGUAGAGAUGGUUAUGAAUUAAAAGGCAAUCCAAUCGUUGUAUGCUCUUUUGGUGUUUGGAGUGGGGAAGCACCUAAGUGUGACGAAGUAUUCUGCCCGUUUCCUGGUUACAUUGAAAAUGGAAAAGUGCUUCUUGUUGGCAAUAUGGGAUUGUAUGAUUACCGUCCAUAUGUUAAAAAGGUAGUGAAUAAUAAACAAAUCAUGUAUGAAUGUGAAAAAGGUUAUGUGUUAUCAGAGGGACCUCCAGGGGCUACGUGCAUAGGAGGACAUUGGAGUCCGAGGGAACUUCCCAAAUGCACACUGUAUCAACAUCCCCGCAUCAGGUGGAGUCGAAGACGUCGGUCAAUCCCAGAAUCUGAAAUACGACAUAAAAGAUCCGCGUUUCUACGACAGUAUUACAGCAAACUUCGUAGACAGUCAGAUUUUUCUCAAGAACAAAUAGAUGAAUUAUACGAAAAAUAUAACCACGAUAAUCAAAAGCCAACACUGAGGCACGCUAAUUUUAAAAUAAUGAAAAAAUUUGAUCUGGAAUUUGAAGGUGAAGAUGGCGAUUUAAUUGGCUCAGAAAUACCUAAUGGAGAAAAUUUUCCUACUGCUGUAUACACUGUGUACAAUGUUCACGGAGAACCAAUAGGUCAUAAAUUCUACUCUUAUCAACCAGUGUAUGAACCAGAGGAUGACGAAUUGGUUCAUCGAGUUGAUUCUGCUGAAUUCGAAGAUUCAGAAGAAAAGGAAAAUGAUUCCCCUAUAACAAUUUUAAAAGGAGGAACUUUCACUGAUCAUGAGUUUGAGAAUGAUAACGAUAUAUCUGAAAAUAUAAACAAAUUAAAACAUCAAUAUUUUGAAAGAUACGUUGAUAAAAGAAGAAAGAGAUUUUUAAAUUCCAAAAGUAGUGAAUCUAUAAAGAGAGUAGUUGAUAUUGAACUUAAAGCUAGUGAGAGUCAGGUUACUACUCAAAUAGCUCAGACCAAAUCUAGACCUAAGCGUCACAUUAAUUUAGAAGAGUUUGAUACACAAAUGUCAACUACAAAUUCUUUACCACAACAAACUAAAAACGUCGAUCUCAACAGUGAUUUUCUCACAGUUAUACCUCUGUCGAAUAAAUCAAAAAACUCAACGGUGCGUGACCUCUCUGAAAAAGAAAUGGCAGUAAUUCCAUUACAAUAUAAUAACACCAAUUCUACUGAAGUAGGAAAUAAAUCAGACAAACGUGAAAAGAGGACUAGUAGAAAGACUGAUAGAUUAAAUCAAACUACAGCAACAGUACCUAAGACAGGCCGUGAAGGCAAAGGGGGUCGAAACCGACAAUCGCAAACAAGUACUGAAGAAGACGGUAGCCAAAGUGUUGAAACCCAAAACGGAUCCGAUGGCGGCAACAAGAACGGAACUGAGAAAGGCAAAAAAGGGAGACCGAAAAGCCCAUGUGAACCAAUAAACAGCGAACCUUAUGUUAAUAUAGAAGUUGUUAAAUAUGGCCGUGAUCCUAAUAAUACCUUUAGUUCUGGAACCAUUGUCAGGGUAGCGUGUGGAAAAGGCUAUGGUCUAAACUUAGAACCAAAUGCAACAGCAAAAUGUGUACGUGGCAGAUGGAAACCAGAAAAACCUAAUUGUGAAAUUCUACCCUGCCAUGUACCUUCAACGGAGUAUGGAAUUUACACAAUGUCACCGAAUUCAAACCCCACCGGCAUGGUGUCGGGACUAACUCAAGGAGAUGAGAAAGAACUGAAUGAGACUGACCCAGUACCGAAUGGUCAGGUCGUACACUUUUCAUGUGAAUAUGGAUACAACGUGCAAGGUCCAACAAAUCUUCGAUGUUGGCUCGGAGAGUGGGCUGUGACUAGUAUGCCAGAGUGUGUAGCAGCACCCUGCGAGCUGCCGAUCUUGCACGGCGCGACGUACGAGGCGGGGUAUCGCGCAGGCCUCACCGUCGCUCACGCUUCCUCAGUCAACAUCGCUUGCGACACAGGCAGAUCGCCGCCUGCUACGCUUAACUGUCAUUUGGGAAGACUGCAACCCACUGUUCUCGAUUUUUGUAGACCACUAGCAAAUAUCACUCGAGUUCGACCAACAUCUGAAUAUCAGAGUGGUUCCGACAUUGUAAGAGAAGAUAUCUCCGAACUGGAACCAGAUUUCCAAGGGAAAGGAGUGGUGGAGUGUGGACCACCUGCUAGGGUACAAGGAACUCUUAUUUAUCGUGAUGGAUCUGAAGUCAACGCGACUGUAGAAGUGGCCGGCUACCCUCACGGCACCGAAGUGACGUUUCGAUGUAUUGCGUCAUUGAUGGGAGAGAGGACUACGUGGAAGCUUAUCUGUGAACACGGCAACUGGGUGGGGAAAAGUUUCAGUUGCGAUGACUUAGAAGCUCAGAGCGAGGAGCUACUCAGCAACAACAGCUGCACUUUCCGGAAUGAAGAGCCUCAUGUGGUUUCCUUCUUCAACGACCUUGAGAUCACGGAGACUGUCGAUUUUCCUCCCGGUUCUGUUAUUGUUUCAAGAUGCAGUGACAUAGGCAAAUACGCGAUAUCUGGCUCUCAGGUUCGGAAAUGUAUCGGUGGUGCGUGGGAUGGAGUUAAGCCCACUUGUUUUGGGCUUAACCAAGAAAAUGAUUAUGCCAUGGAGAAGCCCCCCACGAUCCUGCUCCGCUACGCCGACGGGCCCAUCGCGCAGACCAACGACGGCCGGCUGCUGGUGUACCCCGGCACCACGCUGCACAUGGAGUGUCUGUGGAUGAGGCGCUUCGGCAACCCCAAGUGGAACGUCACUCACCAUGAUCCGGAAUUAGACAAGAAGUACUCUGAAGGCUGGACCACAGAUCCCGGUCGCGACAGUCAGCUUGAGUACCGCCUGAGCAUCAUGAGCGCGGUGAAGGAGGACUCGGGAGUAUACCGCUGCGAAACACCGGCCAGGCAGAGCCACCAGAUUGAGAUCAUCGUUGAAGAUGUCCACUGCCCUCCGCUGCCGAUACGCCGAGGCCUGGUAGCGAGUACACUGGGCACGCAGCUUGGCACGGAGAUCAAGUUCUCGUGUGCCAACGGUAACGCACUACUCGGUCCCCCCACCCUCGUGUGCAGAGCAUCUGGCAACUGGAGUGCCCCUUUACCUGUGUGUGAAAGUGUAGAAUGCGGUGAAGUGAUCCACGACACAGAACUCGGAGAGGGCGAGCGGCGGCCGCGGGUGGCAGUGGUGUCCCGCGGGGUGGGGGGGCGAGCAGCCUUCUCCUGUCCCCCGGGCUGGGCACUGGAUGGGCCCACGGAGACUGUGUGCUUGCCCGCUGCCGACUGGGCACGACCGUUCCCUAUUUGCAGAGAAGUAUCCUGUCCAGCUCUCCCCCCACCAGCUUCCGGCUACGUGCUGGGCCGUCCGCCGUACAGAGCUGGUGAUGUGCUACAGUUCCAUUGCAACCCUGAACACACGCUGCACGGUCGACCGAUUCUGGUCUGCCAGGACAGCGGACGGUGGAGUGACAAACCUCCAACUUGUGCGCAAGCCUGCACUUACCCCGGCACGACGAUAUCCGGCCGGAUGUCGUCCGUGAAGUUUUACUACAAAAUAGGAGAAACUGUCACCUUCACCUGCGAACCUGGCUACAGAUUGAAAGGCGCUCCUAUGCUUAGAUGUCUUAAGAACAGGAAAUGGUCUAACGCCAUUCCCCUCUGCACUCCAGUGAGCAACUACACGUCGAGCGACUCUCUCGCAAUGUUCAACGGCGACAUCGACGCCAUGUUGUCAGACGCCGCCAUUUUCCCGACCGACAUCUUGAAAAGGCGCGAAACGCCCGCCAUUUUGUCUCCAGAGAGCUACAAAGCUGCGGUUACUAGAGUCGCCGCAUCAAAAAUGCUCUGGAGAUCUCCGAUAGAGACCUACAAAAAUAGAAUUUACAGAGUUAACAGACUAUUGAGACGUGAUACAGAGAGAUAAUUUUAUGUGAGGCGUUUAGUGUGGAAGGAAAUCCGAAAUUAAAUUAACGUUGUGCAAAAAACUUACGAAAUGUUUUAAGUUAUUAUAGAAUAAAUGACUUCCAUAUUGUGUUCCUUUGUACUUACGAGUAUAUAAUUUUCGUUUGAAAGUGGUGGCUGAAUAACUUAGCCUCAGCAACCUGCGUUGUGCAGGCUGCUCUGCGUAGUAAAUUAUACAAGCACAAACAUUCGCUUCCUCUUAUUCUACUUUCCAGUCCACGAGAGUUAGCAAUAAGAGUUAUUCACAUUCUAACGGCUUGUAGGUACAGUCCUGGGAAAUGACACAGUUUGUCACUUUUAACCAAAAAGUGCAACUUUUCAGUUUUUUAGUUUAUAACUCUUUUCUAUUGAUGUUAUAAAAUAUUUUCACAUUUUGUUGCUUUAAAUUUUAAAUUUGAACUAACUUUGAAGGGCAACUAAGAAAUGUGUAAGUUAUUUUAGGCUAAGAACUUUAGAAAAAUAGAUGUAUUUAAAAAGACAAGACGAAUAUGGCUCAGUAUUAAACUUAUACAUAGUAGGUAAAAAAAUUUUAGUUAUAAUAAUAAUAGCUGAAUGAUUUCUUUUAGACUACCUAUUACUGUGCCAAAAUUAAAAAUUACAGUUUUCAUAUAAAUUAUUUAAAUACCUCCUGUCAUUCCAAAUGACGAUAUUUAUUAUAUACAAAGAUUAUGACUUUAUUAAUAUUAAAAUAAAUGGCUUGAAACAAAUAUUGCUGUAAAAAUUCCAUUUUUGUCCAGUGUAAAAAAAAAAUAUUUACAUUACAAUUGCAUAAAAAGUGACUUUUGGUCACUGAUAUUAAGCGAUCAAAGUAGCCCAUUACCCCCGCUUAGAAGUAAUAAUACCUACAAUACUUAGUGUAAAAAAUUAACUUUUAAAUUUCAUAUUUUUCAAGCAGUUAUUUUAUUUUUAAACUUGAUAAUAAUAUAAAGAACAUAUUAUUAAGGAUUUGACUAAAGAGACUAAAUAAAUAACUAGUUAUAUAUUAAUAAUUAAAUAUAUUUACAUAAGUAGGAAAAUAAUUUGUAUAUUAUUAGGAACGUUUGAAAUGUUACCUCCAAAAUAUUUUUUUUCUUUUAAAAUGUAAAUAUUGCUUCGCCAAAGAUAUUAUAUUAUUAGAGAAUCUGUUGAAUAGUCUUUAUAUAUAUGUAUAUCUAAUAUCUGUAAUAUGUAAUUAUUACUACUUUAGACAUUCCGAUAAGUACCUACAUAAUUUAUGUUAUAAAAUAUUUGUAAAUGUAAUAGAUCGUACCGCGCACAGAUAAACAAUUUUCUUUAGAGACAAGAAACUUUUAUUAAAAUUAAAUAUACACCAUAAAUAAUUUGAUUUACUCGGAGUAUACCCGAAGUACAGUUUAUUUUUUUAUGUAAAAGUCUGUUUUUUACGAAUUCUGUGGGAACCAAGUAUUUUCCGGUAUAUGUAGUCUAUAUUCUGCCCCAAGGUCCUAUUUAUUUCAGUAGUUUAGCAGUGAAAAGUAACAGACAGACAUACUGACUUUCGCAUUUAUAAUAUUUGUAUAUUAUGGAGUAGGGAAUAUCUAAUACGAAUUUUACGAAUAAACGAAUAAUAUAUUGUUUUUAAAGUGGUCGGACAUAUAACGUAAAUUUUUUUCAAUUAAUUUUUUUAUUUAGUACAAAACGAUCGUCUCCGUCAACGUUUAACUUAUCUGUGCGGGUAGUUCACAAAAAACUUUUAAAUUUUAACGCUAAUUCCACACAGCGCACAAAUUUGGAACAAUUUUUAAUCAUUAUCUUUAAAUAAUUAACGUAAUUCAGCUCAAGUUUAACAAUGUUUUAGAUAACAAAACUAUUUCUAAUCUGUGAUGAGUUACCCAAUUAGAAAUCUAGGACAACCGAUAAUAUAGUUCAAGGAGAUGGACUCGAACCCACUGACUUUAAUCCGCUUGUCAAUUUAGGCUACUCGUACCAAAGAUUAUUUGAAAUUUUAAUUUAACAAGCAUAGCAGUAAUGGUAUCCAAAUAAUUACUUUUCCCUAGAACCUAGCAUCACGCAAUAUGGUUACUGCUUAGGCCCAGGAACAAAAUAUUUAUUCAUGACCAUGCUCAGUUUUUGGGUAAUCAUGGAGGGGAAAGUUUUUCUAUAUCGCCAUCGUGGAGACUUCGGUGCCUCUUGGGUGCGUCCGAUAACAAAUAUGCGGAUAUGCCUCCUGAAUAGGUUACUACUUAAUUUAAAAUAACUUUCUUCAUCAUUCUGCAUAAAUCGGGUCUCAGUUUGAAAUUAACCGACUUCCAAAAAGGAGGAGGUUCUACGUUCGGUUGUAUGUAUGUUUUAUUUUGUGGAUUAAUAAAGCAAAUAAAAAACUAAAAUAGAAAAAUACAAACGAAUUUGAAACUCAUACUGUGCAAGCUAUAAUAACAUUAUAGAAUAGCGAAAUAUCUUACUAAAAUGACAUCUUCCAUUCAUUCUCGUAGGAAUGUUUUGGGAAGCCUGACAAAAAUACUUGAAUGGUAGCUAAAUAAACCCAUUACAAGACACUUUUAUUUAUAUUAAUAUAAAAUAAAGGCAUUUGUACGUAUUAUACGUAAUAUGUUACAUCUUAGAUAUGAUUUUACUAAUAUUUUUUUACAUUUAAAAUUACAAGAAGAAAAAUAAGCCCCGACUAUUUCAUUAUAAUAUUAUAUGAAUGAAGGUGUUACAAAAAAUGGGUCCGUUUAAUUUUUGUUGUACCAAUUUUUAAUUACUAUAUAAAAUCUUUAUUUGUUUUCUUGGAAUUCUUAUCUUGGAAUAUAUUUCAAAUAUAACUUGAGCUGAAGAAAUUAUAUGCAUAUCAAAAGAAAUCGCAUAUCUUAAUAUUUAUAUUUUACUAUAGCGAUACUAUAGCUAUAAAUUAAAUAAAUAGAUCCGAGUAAAGCAGUAUUGAUGUCCUACCGAUUAUGACAUGCAAACAAGUUGAGUAACUUUGAUGGUCAACAAAAAAUUAAAUUCCAUACAAAUUUUUCUAUAAUCUCAAAUAAUAUAUUGUACUUUUGUCCUCUCUUACUCUUUUUUUCUGGGUUGUGUCAAUAGGGACGAUGACAGUUUUUUAAAUUGUAUAUAAAUUAAGAGUAUGCUAAUAGUAAAGCAAUUUUGUAAAAGUAACAGGAUAUCUGCUAUCAUUACUUUCGGAGCUACAUGGAUUUAAAGGGUCAUAUUUGCGCACUGCCAAGGAUCCCUGAAAAACGCCCCAUACAAAAUGGCACGAAUUAAUGACGUCGUAGAUGAUCAAACAAAAUUACAAAUAUCUUUGUUAUUUGUGCGUUUAUAUUUAUAGUUUACAUAUUGAAAAAUGUUACGUUUAAUGUAAGGAAGCUAAAACUGUUUUGAAAAUUUAUAUUUUGAAAUUUUAUAAUCUUAUUUGUUUUACAAACUUCCAGUCAAUCUUUGCUUUUUACGUAUAAAUUAGUUCAAAUUGACCUUAUUUACGCGAAUGUCUCAUAUCAAAAUAUUCAAACAUAAUUUAUUUUAUUUAUUUAUUUAUAAUAAUUUUAUAAAAUAUGGCGAAACUCCGUUGUCUAAGUGACUGGCCAACAAAGAAAUGAACGUUUUUCGCUGACUGUCAAAGUUAGAUAAAUUUGUCCGGACGUAACAUAAGUUUUCCUAACAUAAUACUAUAGUAUUAUAAUUCUGUUCCCUACAUAACAUAACGAUUGUGAAUAAAUUAUAUAAAACAUAUAAA